AUGUCUGCCGGUAAUUUUGGAUUUAGCUAUAACUCUUCCGGACUGGCUGCCUAUGAUCGUGAUGGGAUUGGCGCUGACGGCUCAGGAUUCGACAGUGAUUCAUUUGAAUUUGUUGACAAAGCUUCUGAAUUAAAAGUACGAAAAGAUCAUAUGGGCGUAUAUUUGUCAGUUAGAAUAGAAGAAGAAGGUGAACGCGUUGAUAUAAGGCCUUUACGGGAGGGGACCCAUCAUCGUCCACCACAUCGUUCUGCGCCUCUAGAACAUUGCGCAGCCGUAAAAGUUAGGGAUUUGUCGUUUGAAGCUAGGUUUUCAGAAGAGGAGAAUAAAGUAUGUAUAGUAUCCAGAAGAUGCGAAGACAUUUUAUUUUGCAAGAGUGAUUGCUUUUCUGACAUUGUUGUACAACGGGAACUAAAGAAUGUCACUGGCGUUUACAAUUUAGGAUGGGUUUACAUUGAUGGCCCUUCCAUUGGUCAGUCCUAUGAUUCAAAUUAUUCCUUACAGAAACAUUUCCGUUAUCGUCGUGCUUGUACACGAGGAGCAAAACAUGCGAAAAAAUGUUACCGGUUAUUUUUGGAAGCAAAGUUUCCAGUAUCAUCUCUGACUAAAUUGUUGUGCCAUUUUACUUUGCGAGGACACAGGGUGAUUGCUUUUUUGCCAUCGUUGUACGAUGAGAAGAAUUCAGCUGUCACAGGCAUAUACGAAUUGGCUGAUUUAAUAAGUGAUUUGGAGGAAUUUCGGGUUUUACAGUCGCUUGGCUUGAUUGAAUUUUUGGAUGAAAAGGGUAAUUUUGGAAGAGCUUUAGCACUAAAAGCUGAAAAAGAGGACGCUGUAAUUGCCAGCUCUAAUAUAAAAGUUCUUCUGGAGAGCCGUGAUAAUGAAUUUUUAACGGUUAAUACUUUUGAGGAGUCUUCCAUAUCUCUAGAUCAGGCUGAAAUGGAUAAUGCUAACGGUAAACCGCCUACAGCACAGUUAAGUACCGGGGAACCGCUUUGCAGAGCUGCACUGAAUGGUAAUACUGCAAUGGGAUCCGGGCUUUCUGACCUGUCAUUUGUAGUUCCUGUGUUCUAUUCUUUCCUGGAACGGAGAGGGUUUGUUAUUUGCCCGUCGCUAUCGAAAGGCGUGUACCCUACUACACUUGAGGAGAUAUUGUAUAAGCAAAGUCUUAAAAGUAACAGUGGUGUUGCUGCUACGACGGAUCAGCUAACUCUUUUGGAACAGUAUCGCUUGACGAGAGCGUUUAGCAGAAUUCUCACAGGUUAUUUCAACGGAAUACCUCGUUUCCAGCGAGUUCUUCAGAUUUUGGAAGAAGUCUUAAGUUUUGUUGACCGUCAGGACAAUAUUGUAAACGAAGUCCGCGAAGGCUAG